UUCUUUCUAGGUUGUCUUCUUUAACCCAGUUUGGAGAAUUGAAGCUCAAAUAGUAAUUAUUUUUAUUCUCUUCUACUUCCCCUCAUUGCCGCCAGCCGCAGCACAAGAGACUAGAAUUUCCUCCAAUUCUUUCUCUUCUGCUUCUGCUGCGGUUGCCUCUUGCUACUCGCAAAUUUCUCGUCUUUCUGCUAGUAGCAUAGAAAGAGGAGAAGAAAAAACAUGGCGAACCAUGGAGGAAAAAUGAAGUCCGUCUCUAUAAACGGGGUGAAAAUGUAUACAAUAUCUUCCCACCUGCGCUCCGUAGCUGCCUGGCUCUCUCUCAAGAAGCAGCGAUCUCUCCGCAAGGACAAAAAUUAUAUGGAGAGGGUAGAGUUGAUUCAGGAUUUGAGGUUUGAAACCGCAACCUCGAAAAUCAAGAUAACUCCUGAUGGGGAGUUCCUUAUUGCGUCAGGUAUAUAUCCUCCACAAGUGAAAGUGUAUGAGCUUAGACAAUUUUCUAUGAAGUUUGAGAGGCACUUGGAAUCCGAAAUAAUCGAUUUUCAGGUAUUGGCUGAUGACUAUUCAAAACUUGCAUUCUUAUGUGCUGAUCGUUCUGUUAAUCUACAUGCAAAAUAUGGAAAGCACUACAGUCUGCGGAUUCCAAGGAUGGGAAGGGAUAUUGCAUAUGAUUGCUGGUCUUGUGACCUGCUUUGUGCUGCAUCAUCUCCAGAUCUAUACAGAAUUAAUUUAGAACAGGGAAGAUUCUUAUCCUCUCUUAACACACAAUCUCCAGCACUGAAUGUGGUUUCUAGAAGCAUGCUUCAUGGAUUAGUUGCUUGUGGUGGUGAGGAUGGUGCUGUUGAGUGCUUCGACAUGAGAAUGAGAUCUUCAAUUGGCAGAAUCAAUGCUGUUUCACCUGCUGGUGGUGCUGACGAGGAGGUUACUGCAAUAGAUUUUGAUGAGAAUGGGGGUUUCCUCAUGGGUGUUGGAAGUAGUGCAGGAAAGGUGCUGAUCUAUGACUUACGUUCUUCAUCUCCUAUUCGAGUUAAGGAUCACAUGUAUGGUAAACCAAUAUUGGAUAUUAAGUGGCAUAACACUCUGAACUUUGAGCGACCAAAAUUAAUUACUACAGAUUGUCAUAUUGUUAAAAUAUGGGAUCCUGAGACGGAAGAAGGUAUGACUAGCAUUGAACCAACAGCUGGGGCUAUCAAUGAUAUCUGUGUGUUCAAUGAUAGUGGGCUUAUGCUACUGGCUUUGGAUAGCAGCCAGAUACCUGCUUAUUUCAUUCCUGCUCUGGGACCUGUUCCGAAGUGGUGUUCUUCGUUGGAAUCUCUAACGGAAGAGCUUGAGGAGGGUGGACAAACAAGCAUAUAUGACAAUUAUAAAUUUCUGACAAAAGAGGAACUUGAGAAAUUGAAUCUGACAAAUCUAAUUGGGACCAAUCUUCUGCGAGCAUACAUGCAUGGGUUCUUUAUUGACUAUCGGUUGUACAAAAAGGCAAAAUCAUUGGCAGAUCCUUUUGCAUAUGAAACUUACAUAGAGCAACGAAAACAAGAAAAACUGGAGGCUGAGCGUCACAAUCGUAUAACGAUGAAGAGAAAAUUACCCAAGGUUAAGGUUAAUCAAGAUCUUGCAGAGCGAAUCUUGGAGAAUGAAGAAGCUGAAAAUGAAAAGAAAGACAAUGAUGGUAAUGAGAGCAAGAAAACUUCAAAGAGGAAGAAAAAUGCACUUAGCACUGAGAUAUUUAAAGAUGAUCGAUUUACCCAAAUGUUUGAAAAUAAGGACUAUGAAAUUGAUGAGCAAUCACAAGAGUUUCUUGCUUUACAUCCAAUGGCUUCCAAGAAGCAACCAUCUUUGGUUGAGGAACAUUUUGAACCUGUCAUGGAUAACAAGGAUCAGAUUACAAGUGAUUCUGAUGUCUUAGAAGCAUCGCAAUCAUCAGAUGACUUUCCUGUCAAUCAUAAGAGUAAAAGAAAGAAGUCACAAGGUCCAAGAAUGUACGAAGUUAAAGAUAAGCGGCAUGCAGAAGCAUUUUGGAAUAAUGUUUCACUUGCCAAGGAAGAUUCUCUCCCUAUGGGAGAGAGGGUGAAGGCUCUUCAAGAUGACCAGCAGGUGUCGGGUUUACCAAGUGACGUGAAGUUGGGGCCAGGAGGCUCACGACAGAUUUCUUUUAUUUCUAGAAGUUCAGCCAAAUACAAGGAGGAUGAGGAGAAAUUGACUCGGCGUGAGAAGAGAGGAGUUCAGUCAUUAGGUCUGAAGCCAGAUAGAUCAAUGUUUGGAGGCCGGGGUAGAGGGCGUGGGAGAGGAAGGAGAGGCAGGAGGUGAACAUGUCUUGCAUUUAUAUUGUUCAAUUUUCAGUUCAAUGCUGGUCAUGAUCCUGCUAAUGGCAUCUCUUGGACCUGUUGGAUGCAGCCCUAUGGUCUGAUAAUUCAAGGAAAGCGGCUUCUUAGAGUUAGGGUUGAAGGGUUAAGGGGGGAUUGCUACAGUGUGGACAGUUUUGUCUUCUGCUUGGUGUAUUAAUUUUUUUAUAUGAGGGAAAUACAUUAAUUUAAAACAAUUACAUCA